CACGGAUUCUGUUCAAGCGGUGUAGACAGUGACGUUCACUCCGUGAAGUAACUAUGGCGGGUGAAAUGCGUACGUCAGGAAACCCACCGAGGACAAAAAUUUUUGUCGGAAGAUUACCAGAAGAUGCACAGUCGGAAGAUCUGAGAAAAUUAUUUGAGCGUUACGGCAUUGUGGUGGAAUGUGACGUGCUGUACAGGUAUGGCUUCGUGCACAUGAAAACGGAAGAAAUGGCGGCACGUGCAAUCGAAGCAUUGAAUAAUACCGAAUUUAUGGGCGUUCGAAUCAGUGUCGAACAAUCGACUGGAAAGAAGGGUGGUAGAGGUUUUGGGGAUGGUGGUUAUCGCCCCAUGCGGAUGCGUGGUUCUAUGCGAGGAGCUAGAACGACUCCAUAUAUGCGUCAAGGGCCAACGUACGAAAGACGGCCGGGAAUGCCAUCGUUUGCGAGGGAAGAUUACGAUUAUUAUCCCCGUUCUCGUGGACCACCUUUGUAUAGCAGAGGUGACAGAUUGUCAACAUCUGAUAUCCACGACAAAUAUGAUCGUAGUAGUUUCGGAAGAGGAUGCAAUCCUCGUGACAAUAUGUGGAUGGGGCCUAGUUCUUUUGAUAGUAGUGACGAUUCUGGCCCACAGUUUUCAAACAGCAUGUAUCGAAGGUCUCCUUGCAAAAUACGUCUGGGUAUGCAAAUGAAUGUUCUGACACUUAGAUUAUCGUGCCCUGUUACUGCUAGGUACAUUUGGAAAGCGAUUGACGUUAUCCACCGUCAACGACAAAUUGCAAAUUUUCAGCGAAUUCGUUGUUACUUAGGUCAUGAGUAUGGUAUUGGCGAAGAUAAGCUAAGAGAACAGUUACAUUAUUGUGUUCGUGAUGGCCUACUUGUCAUAAAAAGAGAGAGCAAAAAGAAUAAAAAAAAUGUUGACCAAGAAGGUGUAGAAAGACUGAAUUGUUUGCUAGGUUAUGAGUUUAAGGAACUAAAAAAGAGACUUCCAUUAUCUGCCUCCCAGUGGCAAAGAAAUGAACCGAAGAUUUUAAUUCAACAUUUGAUUUAUAACCCUAUCGAUUUAGACAUGAUAUUGAAGAAGAUAUGUAGUACUGCAUACAAUAAUAUUGUUCAAUUUAGAGUGGAUAUUCAAACCUUUUUUCAUAAUCUUGUGAUAUAUGAGGGACAAGAAUCAUCUGUGACCGUAAUGGUCAAAGAAAUAGUGAAUUCUUGUAUGAAAAGUGUCAGAGAUAUUCAGUUGUGUGCGGACUGUUAUCAAAUGUCCCAUGAAAAAAAUAGUGAAUUUUGGUUUUGUAAACCAUGUGAUCCGCCACAUAAUCUUGUGUAUGCUCAAGUAAAGGGAUAUCCAUUUUGGCCUGCUAAAGUGAUUGAAAAAAUUAAUGAUCAGUAUGAUGUUAGGUUCUUUGGGUGCUAUCAUCAGAGAGCAUUGGUUGAGAAAGAUCGUAUUAUACCAAUUAAUGAAAGCAUCGAUAAAUUUCAAAAACUACCCAAAAGUAUUUCUUGGCAAAAGGCUUGUAGAGAGCUAAAGCUUCAUCAAUUGUUACUUAAAAGUGAUAUGAGAGAAGUUCACGAAAUAAUAAGAUCUGAAAGUAAAAAAAGGAAAACACGGAAAGUUGUGUACAAUGAAAAAAGAAAUGGAAUUGUUCUUGGCGCUAUGGACUUAAAAAAAAUAAACAAAUAUGCAUUGAAAGCUUGUUUACCAUUUAAAAGGGAAAUUAAUUCAAAGAGAAAGAAAAUCAACAUGGUGUCUCAAAGGAGAAGGAAAGAUCAAAAUGAUGAUGGAGGGAAAAAAGACCAUUCUCGAAAAAAUAUCAUAAACAGUAACAAAAAAAAUGAUUCUGAAACUAGUAAGACUUCUGAACGACAGAAAAAUGUGGAAAUACAAACAAUAUGCUUUUCAAAGCAUGGGCAUAGGAAAUAUAUUUUUAACUUAGAAAAUAAGAAGUCUUUGGAAUUUGGAGAGGUGAAUUAUGACUGUAAUGAAAUAGUGACUCGCAUUAUAGACUCAUACAAUCAAAAUCAGACUGGAAGCAAAAGCAAGUUAGAGAGUCACGCAUUUUGCAAUGCUAAUUGCCCAUUAAAUCAGUGCCGAAGAAAUAUUGUUUCCGAUUUUGAAAUAGAAAAGGAGAUUAAAAAGGCAACAUUAGAGGCAACAAAUAUCAUCAAUUGUAAAUAUGGUGAAAUUGUUGACAAAAUGGCUCAGAGUUAUAUGAAGAUGAUGCAUAAAGUACAGAAAAAAAUAUGGUGUACAGUUUGUCUUGGUGAAGCAACUUUACAUUGUUGUUGGGGUGUUGAUUACUGUAGUCAGAAAUGUCGUGAUGAACACUGGGAAAGCGAGCAUAGUCUGGUACAUAUGCAAGUAGUCUGA